AUGGAUAAAAUUUAUCAAAUACAUUCCUUUUCUGCUGAUAGUAUCUCAAAAAUGACAAACAAAGAUAUUCAAUAUAUUAUAGAUAACAUAUCAUUUGAUUAUAGUAUUAAGAUAGAAGAAUCAAAGAUUCGAUGUUUCACAUCACCCACCCUAAAAUCCGAAUUCUCUGAACUGAGUUCAGGAAGUGAUCAGCAAAUUUCUUACAAAAAAGAAAAUAAAAAUUCAGAAUUUUCGGAAAAAAAGGUGAGUGUACCCGAUGAUGAAGAUUCCAACUAUGAUUACGAUGAAAAAGAUUUCUCCAAUGACAACAACGAAGAUGAUGAUAAGGAUGAUAGGAGCUUCUCGAGGGCAAGGGACUCCCCCUCUUUAUUUCAUAAUAAUUGUUGCUAG